AUGGAUGAUACCAGUAACCACCACACAAACCGUGUUGUAGAAAUGCUUGAAUCAUUUAACCUUGUGCAGUUAGUGAGUCAGUCUACACAUGUACAUGACCAUACUCUGAAUCUUGUGAUUACUAACAAUCAGAACCUCAUACAAAAUUGUCAUGUACACCAGUACCACUUAUCUGAUCAUUACAUUGUUCACGCUCAACUUGAUAUAACCAAACCAUUAAAUUAUAAGAAGAAGGUUUUAUUCCGUAACUUUAAGAACAUCGAAAAUAGUGUUCUUACAACCUUAUUUUCUGUAGCAUUUUCUGGCUUCGGCAAAAAUGUCAACAACCAAGAUGUUAAUUCUAUGGUAUCUGCAUAUAACAGAACCCUUAAUUCAAUUCAAAAUGAAGUUGCACCGGAGAAAAUGAAAGUUGCUACCAUGAGACAAAUGUCUCGAUGGUACAACGAUAAUUGUCGUAUUGAAAAAAGAAAGUGUCGCGUAUUAGAGCGUAAAUGGAUCAAGUCUUGUGAUUCUGUUGAUAAAACAGCUUUCAAGAAGCAAUGUGCAAAAUAUCACUCUGUUUUAACCAAUUAUACAAAAACUGCCUACUUUCAAUCUCAAGUCGAGAAAUGUGGAAUUGACCAACGGCUGUUGUUUUCUUUAAUGAACAAACUUUGCGGUAAAAGUAAAGAAACUCUCUUACCGUCCACACCCUCUGAUGUUGAAUUAGCACAAGCAUUUAACACAUACUUUCACAAUAAAAUUAAAACUUUUAGAGCAUCUCUACCAGUCAUAUCGGCUGACGCUUUCUCAGUGCCGGAUGCUGACGGUUUUGAAAUUAGUAACUUUACAGAACUAGAAGAAAAUGAAAUAUUAAACAUUGUAAAAACAGUUUCAUCGAAGACAUGCUCAUUAGAUCCUUUCCCUACAAAAUAUAUUAUCGAAAAUAUUACAGUUUUCCUACCUCUGUUUUGUCAGAUUGUUAAUUCUUCCUUUUCAUCUGGCACUUUCCCUGAUGACUUAAAAGUGGGGAUAAACCACAAUGAACUUGCUAAUUUUAGACCGAUUUCUAACACUCCUUUCCUCUCUAAACUUAUACACAUCUAG